AUGUCUUCUACCCCCAUCAUCUUCUUCCUCUUUCCUCCUCCAACCUCUAUUCAACCUCCGCCGCUAACAGCGGCCGCCGUCACCACCACCCAACCUUCGUCUGUCGUCUCUCUCUCUCUCUCACUUCCAACCUCUCAUUCUCUCGCUCUGCUCACCCCUGCCCGAACCACCUCCGCCAUCACCGCCGGCGAAAAGCACUCGGCGGCCCCUCCCUCUCUUUCCCCAUUCACAUUCUCUCCCGCUCUCCCGCUCUUACCGCCGCCAGCUCCCCUUCACUCUGCCUCUACGCUACCGAGCACUAUCACUGCUCCGCCGUGCCCGCCACCCUCCGUGGCGGCGCUCCGCCCAGUUCACUCCCUUGCUUCCUUACUCCCCUGCCCUACUUCCAUUUCCACUCUGCUCCAGGUUUCUGCUUCGACUCCUGUAAAUUUUGAUUACUGUUAG